AAACCAAAAGACGAUUUCAAGCACUGUGAAAACUAAGUUGGUAGUCCUCACAGCUGUUACUGUUUCUACAAAUAUCGUGCUGAAAAAUUGUUAGCUUUCAGCUGAAAAAGCCUUCCAAACAUGGCCAAGAUAAUCAAGGCGUCCACUGGAUUGACCGGCCUGGCCGUGUCCACUAAUCCGCACCACACUCUCGCUGCUCUGUACUGCAAGAUCCUUCGGGCUGUGGGCAAGAUGCCUCAGGAAUCCAGCUACAGGAAGUACACGGAGCAGUUGGUCAACGAACGCGCCAAUGCCUUGAACAAUAACAAGAACAUCCCUGAUCUGGAGCGGGCUGUUGGCUGUGGUCAGGUGGAGGAGCUGAUCGUCCAGGCCGAGAACGAACUGGUGCUUGCCCGCAAAAUGCUCGGCUGGAAGCCCUGGGAAAAGUUGGUCCAACAGGCGCCGCCCAAGCAGUGGGACUGGCCACCAGCCCAGAUCAUGGAGCCGAAAGUCUAGAAGUCCGCCUUUAAAACCAACUUUUGUUUAGUUCUAUUAUAAUUGAGAAAAAUGGAAAAUGAGAAUAGCAAUAAAUCUGUUGAUAAGACAGAAGCUUAAUCAUCAAUAAACCCAGACAAGCUUUAUUCGCUCUCAGUUUGUUUUCAACAUGCGUUCGCUGCAGUACCUUCUGUUAGUGCUCCUGAUAGCCAUCGGUCUGGUGGCAUCCGCUCCUCCACGGCACAGGCGGCAAAUCGAUCUGACACUCUCGGCGGAGCACGACGACAAGGACGACGAGACGGAGUUGGCUCUGGAGGCUAUUGCCGGACUUUGGAGCAGUCCCGAUAGCAGGACCAAGAUCGAUGGUUCAGCUAAAGUGGUUCAUCGCAGCCAUGGCGGCAUCCAAUCGGGUAUGGGCGGUAUGGGGAGCACCAGCUACCAGGCACGCUUCCAUCUUCACCAUGACUAUAAGACCAAUGCGUAUCCCUCCUCAUCGUAAUCUCUAAAAGGUUCGGAUCAGGACUGGCGCAUCGGGCUGCGUGUCGUCUUCGAUUGAGGCAAGGAUUCUCCCAUGGGUGUUCCAGUUCGGGAGCUCCAGACGUAACCCCCUUGUCCGUUAUUAAGAAAUCGCCCGAUUGCGUGAGACGCCGAUAACAUUUUGACCUUCCCAGAGAAUACAUAGAAAAUAUUGGAGAGAAACCUUCGUGAAAAAUACAAUAAUACCCGCAUAUUGUUUGCUUUAUUGAUUCCAUUUUAAUUACCUCUCCGGCCGGACGAGACCGUGAAGCGGCGCAACAACUUUCAGCUUAAAAUUACAAUUACAACAACGAAUUUGCACAACAGUUGGUGGUUAAAUGGACGCGAGGAGACGGGCAUUAGGAGUUGAAGAAUAAAUACAAGCCAUUUCUUAAUAAUUAAA